CUUCAUGCUUCAAAUCCUCCCUCUUUAGUUUCAAUGUGUCCUCCUCGAUAUGUCAUGCUAAAAGCUCCAUGCAACGUGCGAUCGAAUUGGCAAAUCCGAUGUGUUACUAGCAUCCAAUCCCAACCGAAAGACAACAAUAAACUAUCAAUAGCCUAUCAACCCACCAUUUGGGACUAUGAUUUCAUUGAGUCAUUAUGUUGUGGUUAUGUGGAUGACACAUUCAGAACACGAGCCAAGGAACUUACAGAAGAUGUCAGGGUUCUGCUCAACAAGAAAGGUGAACCCUUAGCUCAGCUCAAGCUGAUUGAUCUCUUGCAAAGGCUGGGUUUGGGACACCUCUUUGAUAAAGAGAUGGAUCAAAUCUUGAAAUCGGUUUACAAUUACAGAAAUUCCGAUAAGUGGAUGAAAGAUGAUUUAUAUGCAACUGCUCUCCAUUUUAGGCUCCUCAGGCAACAUGGAUAUAUGCUCUCCCAAGAUGUGUUUAGUGGCUUCUUGGGUGAAAAAGGAAAAUUCAUGGAGUCCCUCUGUGGUGACAUUAUGGGAAUGCUGAGCUUGUAUGAAGCUUCAUAUCUUGGCGCAGAAGGUGAGAGCAUCUUGGAUGAGGCCAGAAACUUCACUAAAAGACAUCUUGAAGACAUAAAGGACUCAAAUGUUGAAGCUCAAGCAGUGAACCAUUCGUUGGAAGUUCCCUUGCACUGGAGGAUGGUUAGGCCAGAGACAAGGUGGUAUAUUGAUGCAUACCAGAGACAUGAGGAUAUGGAUCCUAUAAUUCUUGAAUUGGCCAAAUUGGACUUCAACAUGGUUCAAACAGUGCAUCAGAAAGAUCUUGGAGAUGCAUCAAGGUGGUGGCGAAAUCUCUGUUUAGCACCGAAAUUGAGCUUUGCAAGGGACAGGUUGGUGGAGAGUUUCUUGUGGAGUAUGGGGGUUACCUAUGAGCCUCAGUAUGAGCGCAACAGAAACUGGCUUACCAAAGUCAUGAAUUUUGUUAUAAUAUUAGAUGAUAUUUAUGAUGUCUAUGGUUCUCUAGAGGAACUUGAGCUCUUUACUGAUGCAGUUCAAAGAUGGGAUAUAGUGGCGAUGAAAGAACUUCCAAACUACAUGAAGAUUUCUUUCUUAGCUCUCUUCAACUCCAUUAAUGAAAUGGCCUAUGACAUUCUCAAAGAAAAGGGUUGGGAUGUCCUGCCAUACUUGAGAAAAACGUGGGAAGAUUUCAUUAAGGCAAUGCUUGUUGAGGCCAAGUGGUACCAAACAAGAACAACCCCAUCAACUGAGGAGUACUUGAAGAAUGGAUGGGUUUCAUCUUCUGGGACAGUAGUUCUUGUACAUGCAUUUUUUGCAACAGGACAAGAGAUUACAAAGGAAGUUCUUGAAUGCCUGGGGAGCAACCCAGAUCUAAUAUUUGGCCCUUCCAUGAUCUUUCGGCUUUCAAAUGAUCUUGCCACUUCAUCAGCCGAGCUAGAGAGGGGUGAUGUUUCAUCAUCAAUCCAAUGUUACAUGAAUGAGAAUAAAGUUUCUGAGCAGGUCGCCCGUCAAUACAUUAGGGGGAAGAUUAUGGAGACAUGGAAAGUGAUGAACAAAUCUAUCACCAACUCUCCUUUCUCCAGAAAAUUUGUGGAAUUCUGUCUAAAUCUUGCUCGAACAUCACUUUGUGUAUACCAAUAUGGAGAUGGACUUGGUGCUGAGAGCAAAAAAAGCAAGGACCAUGUGUUGUCCUUGAUAGUCAAACCUAUUAAGAUUGGGAGCUCAGCUCUGUAAUUCUCUCAAAGUACGUUGAUGAUGGUUUACUUUCAGUUCCAUAAGUGCCAAUUAUGUGACAUUGGCUCCUAUGAAAUUUUUUUUUUUUUAUGUGAAUAAAAUGUAAUAUGCUAAAGCAAUAUAAUAAAGAAAA